CAGCAAAUUACCCCCUUUUAUUUUCAAUUUAUAACAUUUUAUAGAUGUGCUAGCUGUCUUUUCUGGCUUAUCUGUGUCGAUCCGGUCGCGUUGCGGCUCUGCACGCUCCUUUACGGUAGUGGUACUGAUGCGGGAUGAGUCAGGCGAUAUGAUGCUGCUGCUACUGCUGCCAUUUCAUCCGCGGAGAAAACCUCUAAACACCCAGCAAACACAGAAGUGAUACCGUUGGGUUUCCCCCUCUGCCACCGUCACAGACACCCGUGCUGUGGAAAGAGAACUGGCGCUUUUAUUUUUCUUUCUUUUCCUGGCUCCGCGUGAAACGACCAAGAUCCGGGUUUUUGUUGCACCUGCUCUAGAUGCGGUUUUCUCUUGGCUCUCCAUCGGGCCUGACGCUAAGAGGGAAAACAACCCGCCUGUGUCACCGAACUUGAGAACAAACAUCAAUCUCACGAAGGCUUUGUCGCUGUUUUUUAUUUUUUCUCUCCUCUGGAAGCUGCGCCCUGAGCAUCGAUCCAGCCAGACUCGUCGGUGCCAUGGAGCCCUCAGCCACCUGCUCCUGAGCAGCGUAAGAGCAACGAACUCCGGCCUGAAGCGGAUUUCACUGCUGCUACAACCCGCAGCGGACCGACACGCGCACGAGAGGGAACCGACUCACAGAGGAGCCAAGUCAUGGAGGCGAUAUGGCUCUAUCAGUUCCGGCUUAUCGUCAUCGGGGACUCCACGGUGGGCAAGUCGUGCCUGAUCCGGCGGUUCACGGAGGGCCGCUUCGCCCAGGUGUCCGACCCCACCGUUGGCGUGGACUUCUUCUCCCGGCUGGUGGAGAUCGAGCCCGGCAAGAGGAUCAAGCUGCAGAUCUGGGACACCGCGGGUCAGGAACGCUUCAGGUCCAUUACCAGGGCAUACUACCGUAACUCUGUGGGCGGGCUGCUUCUGUUUGACAUCACCAACCGCCGCUCCUUCCAGAAUGUCCACGACUGGCUGGAGGAGGCUCGCAGCCACGUCCAACCACACAACAUCGUCUUCCUAUUGGUGGGCCACAAAUGUGACCUGGAGGCUCAGCGUCAGGUGACCCGGCAAGAAGCAGAGAAGCUGGCAGGAGCGUACGGGAUGCGCUACAUCGAAACAUCUGCCCGUGACGCCAUCAACGUAGAGCACGCCUUCACUGAGCUGACCAGAGACAUCUUCGCCUUGGUUCGGUCCGGUGACAUCACAAUCCAGGAGGGCUGGGAGGGCGUGAAGAGCGGAUUUGUGCCCAACGUGGUUCAUUCGUCAGAGGAGGUGACCAAGAGUGACCGUCGCUGCCUCUGUUGAUCUGCGAGGAGCUUGAAACAAUGGGGCGGAAGGUUUCACGAGGAGUUAAGGGUUCAGAGGGGCGUGGCUGAUGAACUGAGGCGUCGGCCAGCUGACUGAAAGUGCCGGUAACCCCUCUGUCGUUAUUCCUUUAAACUGCUUGUAAAAUGGGACGUUUGAGGAGUUUAAAAAAAGUGCUGCUGUGCGGUGUAGAAGAAGCAUCUUGAACGUUCAUGGAUGACUCAUGAAGUUGGUCCCACUUCUGUGAACGUUUUAUUUCCCAGAAGGGAAGGAUCGCUGAUGCUCAUUUGACGGCUUCCAUUGAAAAAAUUAAGUUUGGUUUUGGCUUCUUGCCUGAAAAAUCACUCCUUGAAAGUCUUGCAAAGGCCUUAGAAAGAGGAUCCGUUCUGGUUUGUCUAACUUUUCCCCAUCAUUUCUGCUCCACAUUAAAUGCCUUUCAAUAUGCAAUUACAUGAUCAUAUAAGGGAACACGUCAUUUUUUAUUCAUUUUCAUUCAAAUGCUUAUAUGCGGCACGCUUUAAUUAAAUCCUUCUUGACAAAGUUGCAUCUUUCUUGUGCUGACAUCUCGCUCCACAUUCCAGAAGUCAGACCUGGAGGUUGUAAAUAUGAUGAGGGAAGAACUAUUUCCUUCCUGGACCUGUGAAUUUGUCACCCCUUUAGGCCUCUAGUGAGCUGAGUGACACUGACUACAUUGUGAAAUAUCAGUGUAACUUCACAGCUUCACCCAGCCGAUUCAUAGCAGAAGAGAUGUGUACAGCUUGAGCGAACAAGGUGGAUUUGUGCACUUGAACGAUACUGGAGUACUGUACUGGAGCCAGAACGCACCUUAACCAAGUCUGGCUGAACUGUAGACUCGUUUGGGAUGUUUUAAGAGUACAAAUAAGCAAACCUGGGAUAUUUUAUUUCUUGAAAGCAAAAACCAAUAGAGAGGGUCCAUACCAGGCAGAGGGAUACUUAAUGAAUGGACUCCACAUAAGAAUCAUGUUACCCACAAUGCACGUUUAGGACAGUUGGAAAUGUAGCCUAAUGAAAUCAAGAAAAAUGUCCAACUCGGCUCACUACAACUUCUAAUUCUGUUCUGUGUUUUUUUUUUAAUGUGUGUAAUAUCAAACUUUUUAUUUAUAGUUCAUACAUGCCAGUGCUACAGAUAUGUUACCACCAUGAUAACUUGGGUAUUGAUCAUGAGGCCUCCAAUAUAAGAUAAUUAUACAAACAGAAAUACAGGUUAAAAUGGUUUGAAUGUAAAUCUGAGAUUUCAGUAUUUGAAACUGAAACCAGGUGCAUGAAACAUUUCUUAGUUUCCAACUACAUUUAGCCUACUUCUAACAGUUUUCACCUUCAUCCAAAAUUAGUGUGUUGUGGGAGUUAUAGACUGAACCAUAGAUUGCUGCCUUAUGUUUUAUGUAAAAGACUGAUUUGGGAGGAUUUAUUUAUUUACUUUCUGUAGGAGAGUGAAGUGAGAAGAUGGUACUUCUUUUAUGCCUGUACACUAAUGACCAGUUGAUGGUUUCCAUGCCUGCAGAACUACUUACUUUGCAGAAACAAAGGGUAAGCCUCAGUUAGCUCUGCAAUGUGGGCUAAGCUACACACGUUAGCAUGUCCUGCUAACUAUUUUAACUAAUACAAAAAAGCCUGGAAAAAUCAACUGGAACACUGUUUUGACCAAAGUUGGAGGAACCUAACCAGUUCCAACCACAAAAAAAAAAAAAAAAAAAAAUCUGUCUGCCCCGUGCAUAGAAAGUAGUAACAAAAAGAAACGACUGCAGUAAUAAACAGUUUUUUAGUGCUCUCAGUUUAUGUCUUAUUAAAUCUACCCAGCUUGGACACACUGAGCAAGUCUUUUGGGUUUUUUUCAACUUCAGCUCAUGCAAAUGGAAGGCGACAUAAACUGGUCAUUCUGGUGUUAACUGAGAGGGUUUAGUCAAACACUGGACAAAACUGUUUCCUGUGACUGCUGUAAUUUAUAACUCCCUGCUGUAGUUAUAAACUUCAGCAGGUAGUUAUAAAUUAUAGCAGGUAAUUAUAAAUUACUGCAGGUAGUUAUAAAUUACAGCAGGUAGUUAUAAAUUACAGCAGGUAGUUAUAAAUUACAGCAGGUAGUUAUAAAUUACAGCAGGUAAUUAUAAACUACAGCAGGUAAUUAUAAAUUACAACAGGUAAUUAUAAACUACAGCAGGUAAUUAUAAAUUACAGCAGGUAAUUAUAAACUACAGCAGGUUGUUAUAAACUACAGCAGGUAGUUAUAAACUACAGGAGGUAGUUAUAAAUUACAACAGGUAGUUAUAAACUACAGGGGGUAAUUAUAAACUACAGCAGAUAGUUAUAAAUUAGGCUGUAUCCUUGUGUUCUGAAGUAUGAAAACUGACAUGGAAUAGGCUGGAGAUGGAGGUUUUAGCCUUUCUUUCCCAACACAGCGGGAUAUAGCCCAGAAUUUCUGGUUAAUUCAGUACAGUUCAUUGUCACAACUUUAAUGCCAUCCUUGUGUCCUUGUAGACUUUAUUGAUUAGCUAUAAAGGUUUAGCGCUAACUAACAAUCUCAUCACCCAGACCCUCCUCAAAAUGAGAAGCCUUCCUUUCUGUGUACACAUAAAGUAUGGGCAACAUUUAGAUAUAAAAAAAAAGAAUACAUGUAAAUAUGACGAGAUAUACAUGUACUCUUGUGGAUGCAGAAAGCAUGAAUUGGCCCAAAAUCUUAAGCUCCUACCUGGGACCAUUAGCUUAGCACCAAGACUGACACUUAGCUAUAUCUUUGCAAUCAGAAAAUAUCAGCUAAAUAAUCACACACUCAUCCGAAUGACCAAUUUGAUUUUCUAUUUAAAAAUAAUAAAUUAAAGAAGUUGUAACAUGUUAAAAAUAGUUGGGCUAGUCUUAAUUCCAGUCUUUGUGCUAAGCUAAACUAAGCUAAGCUAAUAUUUGCUACAUUAGCCUUUUUAGUUCAGUGGCCUCAUUAAAGGUUCCCAAAUUGUUUCCCAAAAAUGUUUUAUUGUUUUGAGUUAUUGUUUUAUUUUGUCUUGUAACAUUGACAUUAUGACUUAAGAUAUGUUGUGAUUUGAAACAAAAUUAAAACUAUAUGAAAAGAUAGCAAUUGAUCAAGAAGCAUCAGAACUUAUCAGGUAACUUACCUCCCUGUUGUUGUUACACCUGUAAUAAACUACCAAUUAUGGACCAACUAUAACAGUAUGUUUAUCUUUCCCAAUAUAUUGGUUGUAUUUGCUACAUAUCAAUAAAUCAUUAAAAUAUGGUGAUCAAA